UAUCAGAUAGCCAUUUUAGAAAGUGGACUGUCGUAAAUGAGGUUAUGGUAAAUGUUUUUGUGAGUUUUGCUAAAACUAUUUAUAUUUCCACUAAAUAAUAAGUUAUUAUCCUUUGAUAAGUAGUAGUGUAGUUUUAUUAAUCAAAAUGGGGAAGCGUCAGCAUCAGAAGGAUAAAAUGUACAUAACUUACACAGAAUGGACAACAUUAUAUGGGGGCAAAAGAGAAGGACCAGAGAAAUCUGAUUUUCGUCGAUUGCCCUUUGACCAUUGUUGUGUUAGCUUACAACCUUUUGAACAUCCUUAUUGCGACCAAGAUGGCAACAUAUUUGAACUGCAAGCUAUUGUUGAUUUUCUAAAAAAGUUCAAAGUAAAUCCAGUCACAGGAAAGCCACUUGAUGCCAAAUCAUUGAUAAAGUUGAACUUCCACAAGAAUGCCGAAGAUGAGUAUCAUUGUCCCGUCCUAUUCAAGCCGCUCACGAAGAACUCUCACAUUGUUGCCAAUGCAAAGACCGGAAAUGUUUUCUCAUAUGAGGCAGUUGAACAAUUGAACAUCAAGACAAAGUCUUUCAAAGAUCUCCUGACAGAUGAGCCAUUCACAAGGAAAGAAAUCAUCACACUGCAAGACCCAACAAAUCUUGCAAAGUUCAAUUUACAACAUUUUCAUCAUCUCAAGAACAAUCUUCGCGUUGAAGAUGAAGAAAUUGUGAAAUCCCGAAAUGAUCCUGAAGGAAGACUGAAAUCAGUGUCAAAAGAAACAAGAGCAACUCUUGAUGAGCUGAAAAGAGAGUACAAAGCGCCCGAAGCAAAGCAUGAUGAAAAGCUGAUGGCGGACAAAUUCAACGCUGCUCACUAUUCAACGGGCGCGGUGGCCGCUGGCUUCACAUCCACUGUAAUGACACCAGAAACCAAACAUGAAGCGGCAAUCAUUGAUGAAGACUUGGUGUGUUACGAAAGAGUCAAGAAAAAAGGCUAUGUGAGGCUGGUGACUAAUUUUGGGCCAUUAAAUCUUGAAUUAUACUGUGAUGUUAUCUCCAAGACCUGUGACAAUUUCAUAAGGCUAUGCGAUAGCGGUUACUAUGAUAAUACGAAAUUUCACAGAUCCAUUCGAAAUUUCAUGUUGCAAGGAGGAGACCCUACCGCCACUGGAACAGGAGGUCAGUCGAUCUGGGGAAAACCUUUCGAAGAUGAUUUCAGAUCGCACUUGAAUCACGUUGGGCGUGGUGUUCUUUCUAUGGCUAAUUCUGGACCAAAUACUAAUACCUCACAAUUUUUCAUAACUUAUCGAUCGUGCAAGCACCUGGACAAUAAGCAUACGGUGUUCGGAAGAGUGGUUGGUGGACUGGAUACCCUCAAUGCUAUUGAAAAGGUCGAAGUUGAUAACAAAGAUAGACCGAUCGAAGAUAUUGUUAUAGAGAAAGCACAAAUAUUUGUCGAUCCAUUCCAAGAGGCCAGAGAGCAGCUUGCAGUCGAAAGGGAAGAAGAACUAAAAAGGAAGGCAGAAGAAAAUGCAAAAACAAAGACAAAGGAGCCAAUAAAAGUAUUCAAAGCUUUUCAUUCUGGUGUUGGAAAGUAUAUUGAUCCCAAAGCCAUUCCUUCAAUGAGCAAAGAGGAAAUUCGGCCUGAUUCCACAUCAGAACAGCCAUCAUCGAAGAAGAAAAAAGCAGAUUCCUACAAUUUCGGGAAUUUUAGUUCAUGGUAACUGGAUUUGAACAGUACAGCGAUGUUGGGUGCGAAUUGCAGAUUUUAAUUUGCUGACAGGUCUAAAGAUGUGAUUGUUAACUAUUAACACUGUAUAGUAUUUCGUACCUUAUCGAUGAAACAAAUUUUAAUUUUUAGAGUUUCAAUUUCUCACAAUAUUCGAAGAUCAUUAGAAGAUAUCCCUGCAUUUUGUCAAAUGCUAUAUUUGUACAAUAACUAAAUCUAGAUUAUGGUUGCUUCUUGUUUGUAAUUAUGGAUCGUUUGUAACUUUAUAGCCUAUUUAUUUUGAGUAGUUUUAUUCUUGAACUCACUUAAAUUCAGUUUAAAGUAACCCCUUCAUCAAGAAUACCUCGACCUACAGUAACUAUAUUACUGGGUAAUAUAGUUACUGUACCAAACCCAACGAAAUUUUCUAUUGGUCUCUUGAUGGUACCAUGAAGGUACUACUACAUAUGAGUUGUAUAAUUUGGUUCUGUCGAAUUUGUAUAUUACUACAGUAUUUAUAUGUUUCUUUUUUAAAACUUGAAAAUAAAAAAUAUUUGUAUAUAGAUUUAGGUCUUAUUAUUGUUUGUACAUUUAAUCCUUUACUACAGUACUAUUGAAAAAUGGUUAACAUUUGAGACCCAAAAUUGUUAUUAAAUUGUAGACCCUAAUCUAUUCUGAUUAGCUCGAUUUAUUUUGUGAAAUUUACAAUCCUUUAGCUAAACAAAAUAUUUUUAAUGCCGAAACAUUCUUAACAUGCGACGAUGUACUACAGUAGAGCAUCGGUUAACCUGAUGACCAAAUAUCCGGACGUCUGAUGAAUAAUAAAUUAUGUAGCCUAAUAUUUUCAACAGUCCACAGAUAUUGCAAUUACAUUUUAACCCAGCUUUAAUACAACAUGGUUUCACUAUCACUAUGGUUGUAAGCUUAUUUCUGGAAAGAGUGGAAAGGAUAAUAUAUCAAUAAAGAUACAUUUUCAAAGAACAAUAUACAUCAUUUUAUUAAUAUUAUUACGGAUAUCUACUCAAUGUAAGGCACAUUAUUCAAAUAGAGGCACAUAUUCUCACUAUGACUAUGAUAUUACAAAAAAUAAUUCCCAUUGAGAAAUUUCAUUUGAAUCUAAUAGUAAAACUAAUGGCAAACAAGAUAUUAAGCAAACUCGACAGUGAGAAAACAUAUUUAAAUACAUUGAUAACAAUAUUGGUUGAAUUCGAACAAGAUAUAUAUUAUCAUACUAAUACAACUUGAAAAAUGAAAACUUAUUGAAAUAACAAUCUAAUAGGAAGACAAUAAAACCCUGAUACGGAUACAUUCUUAUUAAAUAUUAAUACAAAAUAAAUGACAAAUAAUCAAUAAUACAAUAUUGUUCACGUCAUAAAUAGAAUAUAUUCAUACAAUAACAAUAUAAAAGUGUCUUUAUCAAUAAUAAAUAUUUUUAAUAUUAGUAUAUGAUCAUCUAUCAUGUUACCUAUAGAAAUUAAUUAAAGCUCAAUGUAUAAAAAUGAAAUUUUCAUUAAUAUCAAGGCCCAAAAUGAACAAUAAUCUGUAGCCAACAAAAUAAUUUUUAAAAUCUACAGUAAUCAACACUUGAUUCAAAAUUUUUCAAAUCUUCAUUAAUAGCAAGGCACAAAAUAAACAAAUACUGAAGCCAACAGAUUUUCAAAAUUUAGAGUGAUCAACACGGUUGAAAGUGUUUUCAAAUAUUCUACAUGAAAAAGUUGCUCUUUGGCUACCGAGUAUUGCGUGGUUGAAAGAGACCACGUUAGUUUCACAGUUUAUUAUUAGUUUUAGAAUUAGUUGAGAACAAUUUAUUUCUCAAUUACAUCAAAUUAUAUACACAUCAAUUAUCAAUAUGGGAUGAAAAUACUUUAAAUAUGAUUUCUGUAAAUAUGAAUCCUCAACUUUUAGAUUAACUAGUAUUAUUAAUACUGAAUAACUCCCAGUCUAGUGAUCAACACUACAUUAAAAAAUAGUAGACCAAACGUUUUUUUACAAAUAUUAAAAAUAUACAACUUGUGCUGUACAGGCGAAAUAAGAAAGUAUUUUGAAGUUCAAGAACCUCAGAUUUUUUUUUAGGAAUUUAUCAUAAAAUUGAUAAACUUUGAGCAAGAAGUUUCUAAACUAAACUAUACAUCCUAACAUAGUAAUAAUAUAUUUUAAUUGGUGUACUUUACCAGAUACUUUUAAUCAAUCAUUGCAUUUAAACUAAGUUUUCGAAUAAUUUCUUUUUCACCAAAUGAAAUCUAAAGUAACUCCAUUUAAAUAACAAGGGUAGCAUAUCUAUGAUUGUAUGAAUCUAGACAUCUACCAUUAGUUGAAGAAUUAAUACAAUUAUUUAGACUUGAAUGAUAUAUUGAUUAUAUCAAUAUUAUAAUUACAAUGUAUAUAAUAUAUACAUAUUAUGUACAAUUCAGCCAUGAAUAAAUUGGAGUUCCGAUAAAAUUUAUAUUUUUUGUACAUGCAAUAGUAAAACUGAUUGUAUUUGGUUUUUCAAAUAAUUCAAUUAAAAUUAUUUAAUCGAAUUGGUCUCUAUGAUCAGUCAUGAUCACUCUGACGACCACACGGUUUUUAUGGUAUUUCACAUGAGGUAAGAUUGAACAUUCUUGUUACAUAAAACAAAAGGAACUUGUAAAUGUAGUUCCAAAAUAUAUUUGAGCAGACAUAGGCUCAUUACUUGUUAGAUUUAUUUUAAUCUAUAUGAUAAUAGGACUGUGAUGAAAAUAAUCAAUAUCUGAAAUCGUGAAAUCUGAUUGGCAGUAAGUGGAUUUUUGGUUCUUUUUAAACCUGAGAGAGAAAUAGAGUAACUGAACAAAAGUGAGGUAUACAAGUUUUUAAAUAAACUGGCAGCGGUCAGAUCCACUCUGGCAAGUUACAUGAAUCUUACCAGAGACUACUACUCAUAAUCAUAACUAUCAAAAUAUUUUUAUAUAGAUGGUUGUGACGAGAAAAAGGUCGGCUGCCCUUAUAGGCCUACUGCUGCCGAUGUAAAUUCAAACAUUCUCUCGUGACUAAACCAUCUAUAGUUCCCAAAGAAAUUUAUAUAGAAAUAGGUUGAUACAUGUUAUUAAAUAAUUCUAAUUACAAUAGGAACCUUAUUAUUACUGAAGACUUAUAGUUACCGUACUAUAGGUGGUUUAUAGUAAUCAAAGAGAAUAUUUAUAGUUACUAAAGACCUCUAGUUACAGUAGGUAUCUUAUCUCUACCAGAAACUACUUCGGGUAAAGGAAACCAGGAGGAGUUACCCAAUAUAUUAUGGAAAGGAGGAAGUUAUGGCGAUUCUCUGUGCUUGCCUAUCGUUAUUGAAUCUUUCCAUCAUACUCUGAUAUCACUAUAUAUCAUCUACGUUGAAGAUAGGAUCAAUCAGACUAUAGAAUUAUUCAUAAUCAAUCAGCUGAAAAGUGGAUUAUUCAUUGCAUGCAUUACACAGAUGUCUGGCCGUGUCUAUUUCUAUAAGGUAGGAUUUCAAUAUUUUUUAUGAUGCGUGCCCAUCAGUAUCAAUAUUAUCCAAUAUUCUCCUGCAUUUUUUGAAUUUUCUUUUCCGAAUUUUCCCAUGUUGAAUACGAUACUAUUUAAAGUGAUGAUAAAUUAAAGUGAUCAUGGCAAAAUUCAGAAAAUAAAAUCCAAAAAAUCUGGUGUGGCGCACUCACAACUUUCCUUGCCGUUAAGAAAAUUGAUCACCUCUCAUCAAGUCUACUAUUCAAAGUUAUGAGACAGCUGGUGAUAGGUCAAUAACGCUGGAAACACACGAGGUCUGCUAUCUCUUCGUAGUGAAUGAUUUAAUAGAACCAACAGUUUGCAAUUUAAUAAUCACAUUUUCUCGGAUUUCAAGCUUAUUUUCAAUUCUAGGUGGAAAUUUUACUGGACAUUAAUUGCAGAGAUUUUCAUGCUCAAUCUUUUCCACUUGAUUUUUUUUGUUUAAAUUGUAUAUGAAGGCUGAUAAUUGAGAAUCUAAAAUCAAACUUUGCAUAGAUAGGCAAAGUUCCUGAAAUUUUUACAGAUAUAGGACUUGUUGCAGAUGAUAGAGCUUAUCAAUGACUAUUCUAGGUAUAAAUUUGAUCAAAAUCGUUGGAGCCGUUUUCAGGAAAAUCGCGAAAAAACCCUGUUUUUUACAACAUUUUCGCCAUUUUAGCCGCCAUCUUGGAUCGCAUUUAAUCGAAAUUGUUCGUGUCGGAUCCUUAGUGUAAGGUCCUUACGUUCCAAAUUUCAAGUCAUUCCGUUAACUGGGAGAUGAGAUAUCGUGUACACAGACGCACAUACACUCAUACACACACACACACACACAUACAGACCAAUACCCAAAAACCACUUUUUCGGACUCACGGGACCUUGAAACGUAUAGAAAUUUAGAAAUUGGGGUACCUUAAUUUUUUUCGGAAAGCAAUACUUUCCUUACCUAUGGUAAUAGGGCAAGGAAAGUAAAAAUGCAGCAAAAGAUGUACCUGUAAAUUAGGAAUUGAUUCAUGAAGAUCUAGACACAUUAUAUAGAUUGACUAAACUUUAUAAUGCACCAAUCAUGCACCAUACACCAGAAUGCACCAAGUCGGUGGCAUUGCAAGUCGAGACCUCAUUGCUUGUCGGGACUUGGAGAGGCGCAGUGGCUGGAAAAUAAAACUGAGUUGGAAACGUUUGAGGAUCCCAAGGACCUAGUGCGGGCUCCUGGAGCUCAUGUUGGCUUGGACAAUAUUUUGGUGUGACAUGCUAUGUUAAUAGUUUACUACAACUUUGGUUUCAUACACCUCAGUUUAGGAGAGCAAUUUUCGAUUGGGACUCUUUGGAAGAUGCCUGCGAACUGAGCAAUCCUACAGUAGUGGACUACAGUCUCUACCACUCUCUACCACCCAGAUUGGUCAACUGCAGGUUCUGUUCUCCUUGAUGAGCUGUUCGAAGCGAGUUCAACCAAUCGCUUGGAUUGGAUACAUCCACCCAACAAGAUGCUCAGGAGUUUUCGAAACUUUUUUUGAAUCUUUUGGAAACAAAAUUGGAAAGUCAAUCGUUGCUUCAUGUGAAGAAUUUAGUUUCUGAUAACUACAAAGGAGAAUAUUCUUAUGUAACCAGAUGCUCCAAGUGUAAAACGAAAUCCAUCAAUCCAUCUCAGUUCUUCGAGUUGGAGCUGAAUGUGAAGGGCAAUAAGAACUUGGACGAGAGUCUGUCUGAGUUUUUGAAAGAAGAGAAACUGGAUGGAGCCUGCUAGAGCUGCACUGUCUGCAAUCAAAAGUAAGAAGCUGCCAGAUUUAUAGACAUCAAAAGAUUGCCUCCCAUCCUUAAUUUCCAGUUGAUGAGAUUCGUGUAUGACAGGCAAAAAGGAGACAAGAACAAGUUGAAGACUCCCAUCCAAUUCCAAGAGGUUCUGGACAUGAAGAAGUACAUGAAAGAUGCCAAGGAAGGCCAAAACAUGUAUCAACUGACUGCUGUAUUAGCUCAUAGAGGUCUCAGUGCCAACUCUGGACCUUAUACUGCCUACAUUCAGGAUAAUGUAUCAGGUGACUGGUACACUUUCAAUGAUGAAAGUGUUGAGAAAAAUACUGACGGAAAAAGACUAAAACUCAAAUUGGAUGAAGAUGACGAAUUUGGCAAAGAGGAAUGGCACAAAUAGCAGGGUUCCAAAAGGGUUUCUCUCUUCAAUCAAAGCAUACAUGUUAGUCUACAGGAGGGUCUCUGCGGAUAAUCAAAGUUCUGUCAAGUCGCAAAAUAAAUUUGAAAUAAGUGCGCUCUUUGAUAGAUUGCAAGAAUAUACAGGGUGCUUCAGAAGUGGUGUCAAACAUUUUAGGCUAUUUUAUUUUUUAAAGUUGAGUUUUUAUAGCAUAAAUAUUUAUGCCAAAUUUCAGAUCAAUACAACAAUUCGUUCUCGAGAUAUAAAUUCGUAAGUGAAAAAAAACAAAAUGGCAGCUAUAAGGAUAACUGUUGAGUUUUGGACACUUCAAAUACGACAUUUGUAGUCUCCUAUCAUCCAGGAACAAUACCCUAAAAUGUUCGACACUACUUCUCAAAAACACCCUGUAUAAUUCGGCAUAACAAGGAGUUCGAUGACUGGAUUGAAGAAACUACUCGUAGCUGUGUAGAAAGUGGACUCGAAUUCAGAGCAGAUGAAGACGUUGUACAACUCACUGGCUAAUCCUGAGAACGCUGACUGGUCAGUGAUUGAUGCGAUAUCUACUAACCGGAUCACGUGGUCUACUCAUUGGCUCAAAUUGUGCGCUAAUAACACUGAC